AUGGACCACUAUCUCACGACGUACAGGAAGGACUAUCUAUGGCCCAAUUUGCCGAAAGCUCCAGGCUCGACGAAAACUGGUGGUGUGGCUGAAAUACCAAAGCUCUCCGGACAAGAGUUGGCGUUCUACCAGGCAUGCAUGCAGCACACGCGCCCCCCCGACUGCAGAUGCCCGCAAUAUUCCGGAGGCGAGAUGCCACAGAUGCCAUCGGGAAAAGACGCCGGUUGGAGUAGGACAGAGAUUAUGGGACCAUUGUCAGAUCCAAAGCUUUAUCCCGCCAGAGUUGCCGCUAGUCCCGAAACUCCCACGUCACGUUAUGAUCAACCCAACGCAUUUUUAGAUAAGCUGCAGUCAAAGUAUCCGAUGCUGUACAGCAUCCUGCAGAGCGAGGCAUCACCAGAGCUCAAGCAGCGAAUCGACCGGGACAGGAAUAAGACAACGUAUCAAGUUGACUAUUGCGAGAGCGGCGUCGGUUCCAAGUUCGAGGGUCUGCAGCGUGCCGCCGAUGACAGUGGCAGCGGGCCGUGCGCCCAGCCCAUGCGGCUGCCUGGCGACCCGUGCCGCGUAGCCCCCCGCCUCAGGAUGACCACACCCCGAUCCAUCUCCAAGCAGGCACCAGCCGGUGCGGAUCCGCGCGCCAAAUGCGAGACAACGUCCGCUAUGCCGCCUCUUGGCAAGACUGAAUACCAAGAUGGCGUCUCGAAAGUUGGCGGCAUCAUCAUGCGCGAUAAACUGCACAGAAGA